UGUGUGUGUGUGUGAGCCUGUGUGUAUAAACGUGUGUGUGGGAUGUGCAUAUGUGUACGAGUGUGUGUGUUUGCAUGGGAUGUGUGUACAUGUGGGUUGUGUGUGUGAGAUGUGUGUAUGGUGUGUGCGUAUGAGUGUGUGUGGCUGUGUAGGUAUGUGUGUAUGUGUGUGGCAUGUGUUGUGUGCAUGUGUGAUGUGUGUGUGCAUAUGUGUGGGGUGUGGGGGGGGGGUGUGUGUGCGUGUGGUGUGUGAGUUGGUGCGCAUGAGCUCAGCCUGCCCGGCGAGGUCCUGGCGUGGUCCUCUGCCUGCGCCAGCCCCGGAGGCGGUGUCCCCCGCGACAGGACAGCGGGAGGGGCCCGGCCAUGGCGCUGCUGCCCCGAGCCCGGGGCUCCUGAGGGCUGCGGGACUCCGCCAGCUCGUCUGUCCCCUGUGCCCUGGGGUCCCCACGGGCGGACAGGCGCAGGGAGGGUUCGAGGGGCGAUGGAGCAGGUGCGGGUGCUGAGCCGGUGCCAGGCGUGGGGUCAGAGCCAAGGAGGGGCCCUCCCUGUGCGGGGCCGGCAGCGCGCCGGGGGUCUCAGAGGUCCCUCCAUGAGGACAGAGGUGUGCCAGCAGGCCGCGGGGGACGGAUCCGGGGCCGCGACAGCCUGGCCCACAGGAGGCGGAAGGCCAGUGAGCGGCGUCACAAGCGGUGGGGCAGGCUCCGUGCCAGGUGGUCACACCCUCUCCCUGAGUGAUGACCACGGCUGAUGGCCGCGAGCGCAGGCGGGUCCCCAGGCCGCCUCUGAGCCCUGACGUGAGCUGCCUCACUCAGCCCCACCAGAGCCACGGGGGAAGCUGCUGCUGCUGUUUCCAUUUUCAGCCGAGCAAACUGAGGCACCGGGAGGGACCAUGUUCCAGUAAAUGAAGACGGCAGCACACGCCCUGAGCCCCGACUCCCUGCCAGAGACGCGGCAUCAGACCAGAAAGAAUGAGGACGCGGCUCCAGGCUCACCCACGCCCAGGGCGGGGAGGGUGCGGCAGGGCCCUGGGAGGGCGACAGGAAGGGCCCCCCCUCUAUCCUGAGACGAAGCCCACAGGAGCGCCGCAGCCAUGGGGCCGAGCCACGGAGGACCACGAGGCGCGUGCGGUUCCGCGAGCCCCUGGAGGUGGCCGUCCACUACAUCGCCUGCAGGGAGCCCUCCGCCACGGCCAGGGCGCCCGGCCGGCGCAGGCCCCGCGACGGCGCCCUGAUCCUGCGGCUGACGGCGUGCGCCCUGCUGCUGCUGGCGCUGGGGCUGUGCUGCAGCCGGGCCGAGCCCGUGGCGCUGGCCCUGGAGGAGCUCCGGGCCCGGCUCCUGGUCCUCCUCCUGCGCCUGCGGCUCGCGGCCCUGGCCUGCUGGCGUCACCUCCUGCAGCUCUGACGGCCGACGCUCACCUCCCCCGGGCCCAGGGGGCAGCACUGCAGAGGGAGAGCCCCAGGUCGGGCUGGGGGCUUCCAGACAGCCCUGAGCCCUGGACUCAGCGGGGCUGCUGCAGGCAGGGUGACUGGGAAAGGGGGGCCCACGGCUUGAGAUCAGACGUGGGGUGCUGCAGGCGGCCCCCCAGCUCCAAGCAGGCAGCCCCUCCUAUUUCACAUGUUGGGGUGCCCUGUGAGGCUUUAGGAGAACAAGAAUUCCACCACUGAAACUCAGGGACCCACAGGUUCCAGCCCCCAGACUACCCCUUGGGCCCCUCCCUCGCCCCAGCGGGAACUCUUGGUGACCUUGGGCCUGGCCCGGAUGUGGCCGUGUGUAGCCCCUUGAGGACGGGGACACCCUCCCUAUGUCUGUGGGAGUCCUAGGAGGAGGUAAAACUGGACUUUUGCUGCUUGGGGCCUGCAGCCCAGACCCAGAAACCCCUCUGGGAGAGGCUCGGGCUGCGGGGCGGGGGGUACUCCCUCCUGCAGUCACGUGCAGGGCAGCGCCCCGGAGCCCCCAGCUUGUCUGACGCCUGCACUGGGCCCAAGGCCUGGGGAUCCCCUCUUGCCCCGGCUCCUCCCUAGCCGUCGGCCUGGGGGUGUGGCCGGCGCAGAGAGGACAUCGGGGGGCCGAGAGGACCCCACCACCCUCAGGACACAGCCGUCUGCGCCCGGGUCCCAGCUGGCGCUGCGCGGCCUGGGAGUCCCGUGACUGUGUAGACGCCGAGCCUUCGUCCCCAUUGCCAGGCCAAGGAGGCCACGUGAUGACGGACCCCAGGGUCCCCUCAGACGCUGCAUGGAGCGGGGCCCUGAACAAAGCAGGGAGGCCCGGGGUCAGACACCGGGAGGCACCGCUAGGGGAGAAGCUGCACCCCCAUAGCCUUCAGACGAGCGUCUACGCAGCCGCCGGUGCUGUGCCGCCCCCCCCGCGGGCCUUCUCUAAGCAUCUGUUCCCACGGCUUACGUGGGGAGACACUGAUUCUCUAUUAAAACACACUG